UUCCGCUUCACCUGGCAGACCGAGGCGCCCAGGAGCAAGAUGGGACCGAGCCGGCCGCGGAAGCCGCCCCCACCCGGCGGGGAACCGGCCCCGCUCCUGCUGCCGGGGCUCCUGCUCCUGCUCUCCCUGGCUUCCGGCGUCUGCUCACUGGAGAUCCAGGCUGACUCCAACGUCCAAGCCUUGGUGGGGGAGCCGGUGACACUCGGGUGCUGGUUUCAGUCGUCUUCUCCAGUUACGGAGAAGCUCACCAUUGACUGGACGUAUCGACCACUUACUGGGGGGAAACUAGAGCCGAUCUUCCACUACCAGUCUGAGGCUUACCCAGCUCAGAGCGGCACCUUCCGUGACCGGAUCUCCUGGGCCGGAGACGUGAACAAGCAAGACGCCUCCAUUCGGAUCAGCAACCCAACCAUGGAUGACAAUGGGACCUUCACCUGCACAGUGAGGAACCCUCCAGACGUCCAGCACAACAUCCCGCAGACCGUGCUGAUGGUCACUCAGAGAGGUGCCUCCUUCCAACUCACAUCAGCUGGGCUGCUCUCCAUCCUUGUCUUCCUCCCCUCAGCCAUUGUGAUUGCUCUGCUGCUGGUCCGGAUGGGCAAGAAACUUGGGUUGCUGAAGAGCAGGAAGAAGUUCAGCUACAAGAAGUCCUCAAUUGAAGUCUCAGAUGAACCUGAGCAAGCCGGUUGUGGACAGAGGCUGGCUGACUGGUGCCUGCAGUGUCUGGACACAGACGAAGAGGAUCCGUACUGAGGGUGGAAGAGGAAGACCACCUUGAGAGGAUCAUCUGAGGCUGCUGGGGUUGGGGGUGGUCUCUGAGAGGUUCCCUUAUGAACACGGUGUUGGCCCUGGACUUCAAAGUGCUAGACGGGGGUGGGGGUGGGACCAGUUUGCCUUUCCACCUGGGUACAAUCAAGGCUUGCCCAUUUCUUCUCUGUUUGUCCGGGUCCUGCGUGGACUGUCUGGGUCCAGAAGGGGGAUUGUAAAGGGCCAAAGGGCCACUUGGGGCUGACCAGCUCUUUGUGCGACCCUGUCUCCUGAUGCUCCAUUGACUUCAGCUGCAUGGUACCAUAGGGUCCCUCACAGCCAAGGUGUGGUCAUGGGGUCCCCCUCUUGGCUGUACCACUCACUGGCCAGGGCUCCCCUCUGCCUUGGGAAGCUGCCACCUCUGAUUCCGGGCUCAGUGCUUGCCUUACCCAUGGUGCCCUGGGCUCCUGCUACUGGCUGAGGCCACCUGCUGAUGGCAGGCCCCUGACCAGGGAUAGCCCCCCCCCGCCCCCAGUCUGGAUUAUACCAGAAAGAUGGGUGUUGCCUCCUCGUGUGUCUGGGUUCUGUGGACGCCUCCUGGACUUGUGUCUGAGGACCAGUGGAGGCCUUUCCUUUGGACAGAUGCUCUUCUCCUCUUGUCUCUUCUGCAGAGGGAGGGAUUAAGAAGCAGGGCUUCUAGGUGUAAUGGCAAGUAGGGUGACCACAGGCCUUGGGCAGCUCCUGGUAGGUGUGACUUUAGGUGGGUCCAUCCUUCAGCCCCCUGUUUCAUUGUGGGUCAGUCUUACAGAGGGGCUCUGCAGGAUUACAGCCUCUGUUUUUGGAUCUGACAAAAGGUUGUCCAGCUCAGUCUAAUAAUCUUCCUCUUGUUUGCGCUGAGGGGUCAGCAAGGUGUUGCAGAGGCAUGACUGGAAGACCAACAUCCCUGUUCACUCUCUUCAAUAUGGAUUUGAGUAAAUCACCCUCUGGAGGCCCAGAGAAUUAAUUGGCUGGCUGGCUGGCUGAGGCCCAGGUCAACCCUGGACCUGUGUGUUCUACAGCCCAGAAUGGCUGGCUGGCUCCUGCAGAUGGGAGAGAAGGAAGUUGCAAAGGCUCCUCCCUUUCUCCCUAUCAGAUGGCUUCUGAGGCACAUCUCCCAUUUGCUGCUGUGGAUAAAGGAUUUCUUUGUCUCUGGUCUGCUGCCGAAAGUCUGUUGUCUCGGCUGCUGGGCUCAGCAGAGGAAGUGCUGGGAGCGGGCUUGCUUUCCUGGGCUGUGUGGGGUCACGGCCAAUGCCAUCUGGCCCAGUGCACUGCUGACGUUGGGCUUCCUGUCAUCUGGACCAGUUCUGCUGGUGUUCCUAGAACACCUGGCCCAGCCAGCUCUUUCUCUGACUCAGCUUUGGGCUGGUCCCUGGGAGGGGGCACCCCAGCAGAUGGCCCGUGGCCUGCUUCCUGCUCCCAGCAUCAUCCUGCCCACAAUCUGCUCAAAGGGAGGCAACAUGCCCAGGCCUGCUGGAAUGCAAGUGGCGAUGAAGAAAGCUUGCGUCCAGCAGGGAGGCUAAGCCAUCUGCUGCAUGUUCUGGGGCAGGAGGGCAUCCCUUUUGGUGAGAGGGUGCCCACUCAUGCAUCGUCACGCCGUGCUCCCUGAAGGAGUAAGUGAAACAAGCAGGAUUGGGGGCUGCUGCUGCUGCUGCUGCUCCUGGGGAGGGCGGUAGCUUCUUGGUAGAGGCAGAGGUAAAGCAGGCCCCUCCCUGUGGGCUCUGGGUCACUCCUGGCAGGCGUUGGAGGUGGUGGGGAGAACCCUGGAUAUAUCCACAAGCACUGGUGCCAGAUGUCACUUUAAGGGACCACAAGAUCCUUGGUUGGUUUAGCUGCCCCAGGCAAACACCUCUUAGUGAAGGCACUAUAUGUGCUUUGAUACGUCUGACACCAGGAGGGUUGCUACUCCACUGUGAGAUGGGUGGCAGCACCCAUGGGCGCUAAGGGUGGCCAGGGAAGAAUUGGGCCUGUGAAGCCGUCCUUGAAGGAUAGUUUUAGUUUUUAGUUUUUGGCUGCUGGGUUUAGGGCUGUAUUUUAAUAGGUUGGUUGUUCCUGUAAGUGGCUACAAGAGCUUCCUUCGUGUGAAUACCUCUGGCCUGUCUUUUUCAGGUGAGAUGGGCAUCUGUUCCUCACAUGGAUUUCAUGGAAAAAUCAAAUCAUUGUAUUUUGAAACUGACCUGACCUUUGCUAUUUUGAAAGUGUACAUAUGUAGGACUUAAAAUACAGCAUAAAACAAGAGCCAGUCGGAUAUGGAGCGGAGGGGGAAAGUUUUCGUUUAGGAGACUCAGGAAAGCUGCGUUCAAACCCCUGUUUGGCCAUGGAAAUUCAGUGCAGAGUGGCAAUUCUAAAACCGCUUUAAACAUUUCACAUACCUUGAAAACCCCAUUAGAGUUGCCGUAAGUCGGAAUCAACUUGAUGGUACACAUGUCCUUCUGCUAACAGGUGAAGAAGACCUUUCUCUUCAGGCAGGUUUGUUGAAAUCAGGAGCUAGUCUCCAGAAUAGCGAGUCAAAGUUUGAACACCAAUAAACCUUGACACAAGAGAGAGUUCAAACGGUUGCUGUUUUACCUCUAAGUGUAGGCAAGAACAACUGUGUUAUGCACAGGAAGACCAGGAUUUUUAUAACAUUGGUUACACAAGGGAAUGGGAGGAGCAAUGGGUGGAAAUGGUACAAGGAGAUGGGAGGAGGAAUGCGUGGUUCGUGACCUAUUAGAAGGGAUGGGAUCACAAAGGAAUCCAAACUUUAUUGGAGUGGGAAUCACAGAAGGGAUAAAAUUUUACAACAGCGUCUGUAGACAGCAAUUUAUUAUUUUGCAAAGAGGUUACAAGGUUGGGUGAAAAGGAGACUUCUAAGGUGAGAAGGAAAUAAUGUUUGUAUUGGAAAAGGUAUGGUGCAAUGACUGUCCAGUUUCAGAGUUCAAUUCUCAUAAGACUGGUCCUGGUAUUCACCUGGGGGAAGAGAGCCAAACCCAGCCAUCCUGCUGUGUCUGUUUGCUUCUCCAUUCUAGAUUGGAAUGCAAGAUAACCUGCCCUGGCGAUACCUGGCCAGCCUUAUUCCUUUACAGAGACUCUUUGAGGGAACAAAAAACAUGUGCAUAUAUACCCUUUGUCAAUUUUAUUAAAGGUGUGUUGUUCUUGCAUGUUUCAUGCAGGGCUUUUGUGUACAUGGUCCCUUCAGUUCUCCCUUAAUGACAGGGUUUUAAAGGGAUGGUUGUGCCUUACUGCUUUGAAUGUGUUUUUUGGUGUUGCUUUUUUAAAUGGGUUUUAGUGUGAUGUUUGCCUCAUCCUUUUAAAUAUCUGUAGACUUACUGUGUUUGGCUGUAAAUAUUACCUUUUAGUGAUCUAAGUCAUCUAGGGUCCUCUUUUAGGAGAAAGGUGGGAAAAAAAAAGGUUUUAAAUAAAGUUAAAUAAAUAAAAAUAGGCAGUGGAAGACCA